GUUUCCGCAGGUGGGUGGUGAAGCCGCGGCGAAAGCAGCUCAGUGACUUGGACGCACGGAGAAAAUCACUGGCUGCCGUUUGGACGGCGAGCCGCAGGAUGGAAAAUGCAUGUCCUUCGACGGGCGCACCUCCCCGCCAGACGGCAAGGACAUGUGGUGCGCGAGCGCCCUGGCCACGAUGUCCUCGGCGCUGGUCGAGCAAGGCGCGCGGUCGAUUCGGCCGCGGUCGUUAGCUGCCCGGCUUGCUUCGGGGUGCAGACGACUUGUGCAGGUAAUGGAUAUGCCCCCGCUCAAGCAACCUUGCGGGUGGGCUGCUUCAGCGUCCGAUGAGGCCGCUGCUGCACUGUUUGCUAAGCUGUGGGGUGAUCGUUGGAUCGUGGGCAAUUUCUCGCGCCGGGGCAGGAAGUUGGCAGACGUCGUUCUGGUGCGUUUCUUGCGCAAGUGUCUCGGGCAGGCGAUGCUCCUGGCCCGCUACCGCGAUGCGUGGAUGGAAGUAGACAUCGUUGCGUCAGGUGUCAGAGGCAGGGUAACCUCCGACAGUUCUACGCGGUGACUGGUGGAGAUGAGUGGCGAUUGGCGCGCGCA